AUGAUUUGGAUUCUUUUCGCCAAUGGUUAUAUCGAAUUUGUUAUAUCAAUUGUAUAUUUUGCUGUUUCAUUCAUUUCAGUCGAAUUCGAAGAUGAUCACGUAACUCCGUUCUUUUUCAUAGCUGCCGUUGAAAUACCAGCGGGUCUUGUGGUUUUACCAUUGAUGAUUUAUUUUGGUCGAAAAUCGCUGACGAUUUGGACUUUUGUUAUUCAAACUUUGUCGCUUUUAGGAAUGGCAUUUUUUACUAACAAAACUAUGAAUUUUAUUUGCAUGAUUAUCGCAAAAGUUAUGUCCACGUAAGUGAAAUCCUUAACUAGUUCACUAAUUAAUUUUUUUAAUUACAGUAUAAUAUAUACUAUCCAUCCGAUUUGGGCAAAUGAACAAUUUCCAACAUCGGUCAGAUCUUUAGCCUAUUCUUUGAUGAAUGUUCCACAAAGUAUUGGGAUUAUUGUAUCACCUUAUUUGAAACAUAUUGUAAGUUUUAAAUUUUACCGGAAUCUUUUUGAUUAACUUGAUCAAUCAUUUAUAGAAAAUUCGAAGACAAUGGCUAUUAUUCACAGUUGUUUCAUUGCUCAGCUUAGUUGGAACGAUUUUCAGCUUAUUUUUGAAGGAAACUAAAAAUUGUGCACUUCCUCUCGAUGUAAAAAGUUUAACAUCAUCGAAUGCCUCGCUCGUUUCAACUCAAUCUUCCGAAUCUGUGAAUUUAGAAAAAGAAAAAAAGAAUCUUAUUGAAAAUAAUCAAACCUCUAAUUCAAAUGUAUAA